GAGAGCCCGAGCGGUAGUGAGCAGAGAGCCGCGCAUCUAUUUUUAUUGAUCGCUGGCGAGAGGCGCGACAGUGGCAGUGUUCCACUCAGUGCUAUCGGCGGCCGUCAGUCCUAGCGUAGUAAGCCCGACGGCCGACGGAGUCUCUCUCCCCCCCUUGCCAUGAGAGCUGUGUAGGCCCCUCGACCCCGCCCUGCCGUUGCCCUGGCCGCUGUGAACGAGGUCAGGCCAGGUCGAGUCGUUCCUGAAAGCGAGCCAUCUUUGAUUUGGCUGAAGGCGUUGUAGGUGUGUCGGUGCUAUCGAAGGAGAGGGAGAGAGAGAGAGAGAGAGAGAGGGAGAGAGAGAGGGAGAGAGCGAGAGCGAAAGAGAGAGAGAGAGAGAGCGCUCGAGAACCAUUAAAGGCCAAGGCAACGAUGCGCCGUGUUAGUGUCGCGGAAGCCUGAGUGCGACGCCUUAGUGCUGGUGAGAGUGUCUGUGGAGGCUGACCUGCUUUCCCCGAAAUAUUCUUCGCGAUGAGGCAUAAAGUGCGAUGGUGGUUUUCCCUUUCCUACCUGCAACACCGGACAGCUGUGGCCCUCAUCCUGUUAACAAUGUUCCCGGCAAUGCUGGCUGUCUACGCGCAGGAGAACGACAUUCACAUGCCUCACCAAGAAGUGGAGCACUGGGCCAACAAGAUCGGCAACCACAUCUAUCAUCUCUCCAACACUUUUACUUACUAUAAUGAUAUUAAGAACAACUUCGCGACGGCAGAUGCCACGAUCACUGAGAAUGACGGCCUUACACUCGUCAAGGAAAUGGCUGAGGACGUUUCCAACAUGAUGAAAUUCAAGGUCGAGGCUGUCAAGCGCAUCAUGAACGUCGCGGAGGAGGCAGCGCUCGACAAGGAGCAUAAGCAGGCAGAGAAAGUGAAAUACUACAACGCCAAGAGACUGAACGAGGUGUACACGGACCGCAACAACCAAGUGAAGCUCAAAGAAGGCUACGAGGAACUGACUCUGAUCCCCAACGCGCACUUCGAUGGCAUCCCCGUCAAUGAGAACGUCUCUUCCGUCCAUGUCCCCACCAAUGUCUACGACGAGGCCCCCGACGUCAAGGAAGCGAUCCAGUGGUCUGCGCGGCUGGACAGGACCUUCAAGUCGAACUACGAGCUGGACCACACCCUCUCCUGGCAGUACUUCGGCUCCUCCACCGGGUUCCUCAGGCAGUACCCAGCUGUGCAAAACAUCAACAAAACGUUUCAAAGACAAAGCAUCCAGGCAUCUGAUGCCUUCUGGGGAUGA